GAGAAAAAUAAUGUCUAAACUGUCAAAAUCGUUUUUUUUACAAAUUAAAAGUUAAAAAUGGGUUAAAAAAAUAUAUGCGAAACAAAUAACGAAGAAAAUCUCAAAAGAUUUUUUUCAUGUCCGGGAAUUGAAUUGAAUUUUUUUUCUAGUCUGGUUUUUAUUUUGCUACGUAUGUAUGUAUGAAUAAUAAACUUCCUUUAUAAUUUAGUGAAUUUGCAUUUGCUUGGUCAGUGUUUAAUACUGCAUAGUUGCAACUUGCAUUUGAGCAAUAUUCCACCAUUAAACUACAUAAAACCUUAUCUCAUUUUCUGUAUAUUUAUUUGACCAACCAGAAUUUCCUUUAAAGCUAGUAAAACUUGUGUCUAGCACAGUGGGUUUGAGCGAAACACUUCAAGAUGGCAGAUAAUCCCAAGGAGUAUUUACUUCAUACUGGUCUCUUAAAACCCAAGCAGGAAGUAGAAAUCAUAGUACCCAAGGAAGAAGUUAUAGAAGAUUUUUUAGUAUUUAAGAAAGAAAUAGUGCUUAAGGAAGAAAUAGUAGAUGUCAUAGUACCUAAGCAGGAAAUAGGAGAGGAGUUAGAAAUAACCUUUGAUAAAGACAGCAAUGACUAUAUUCUACCUAAAGACGAGCCAUCUUGUUCACAUUUGGUACAAUUGAAUGAACAAAAUGAAGUGAAUAUGGUAGUGCCUUAUAAAACAGAGCCUUUCAACGAUAUUGCGCAACUACAAAAAGAACUACAAGUGUCUGAUGAUGGACACAAUAUAACAGACCAAAAUAUGUGUACAGGACUUACCUCCAUAGAGAUUAAAAGGGGGUGUAGCGCUGAGCCCUGCAGUGCUGCAGGCUCUUCAACACACAAUUCUCCAUUGGCAAAGAAAUGUAGACCCCAAAGAGGUGGAGCUGCUAAGAAAAAGGGGCCACACACUUGUCAUAUUUGCGAAAAACAAUUUAAAUACAAAAGCUUUUUGGAUCUACACAUGAAGACUCACACUGGAGAGAAACCGUUUAUUUGCAAUCAAUGUCCUGCAUCAUUCAAACACAAAAACACGUUAACUAGGCACAUGAAAUCCCACACCCGCGAUAGUUUUUACACCUGUGACAUAUGUCAAGCGAAAUUCACAGAAAAAAGCACUUUGAACAAUCACACAAGGACUCACACUGGUGAAAAACCAUAUUCCUGUGAAAUAUGUCACGCAAAAUUCACCCAACAAAGCACUUUAAUCAGUCACACUAGGAUACACACUCGUGAAAACCUUUACACCUGUGAAAUAUGCCAGACUAAAUUUACUCAAAGGAGCACUUUGAAUAAUCAUAGAAGGACACACACUGGUGAAAAACCGUAUGCCUGUGAUGUGUGUCAAGCUAAAUUCAGACAAAAAAGUUCUUUACACAGCCACAUAAAGACUCACACUAGUGAAAAACCGUUUACUUGUGGCCGAUGUCAAGCAACGUUUAAACGAAGGAAUAUUCUAACCAGGCACAUGAGAUCUCACACUGGUGAAAAACCUUAUUCUUGCGACAUCUGCGACGCGAAAUUUACUCAAAAAGGUAAUUUGAACAGUCAUUUGAGGACACACACUGGUGAAAGACCGUUUUCCUGUGAUCAGUGUGAGGCUAAAUUUGGAAAGAAAUAUGAUUUGACCACCCAUGUAAUGCGGUCUCACACUGGUGAAAAGCCACAUUCCUGUUAUAUAUGUAACGCUAAAUUUGUAGAGAAAUAUCAUUUGAAUAAACACACUUUGAAGUGUCACAGCGGUGAAAAAACUUGAUCUUGUGACUAA